UGCUGCCACAUUCCCCCCCUUCAGAGGUGCUAUUUCACGUUUGUGGCACGCUGCACAACGUACUUAUGCCAAGCAACGUGCCCAACCGUAGUGAUUGUGUGGCGUCGGCGUGCUCCUGCUUUUUACUGCCGUUUCACAGCAGUGUGAUUGGGCGUGAACGGUUUCUUGCGAACGGAGUUCACAACUGCUUCGUUGGAACCGAACAAUAGUGAUUCAUCAAGGUUUGAUUCACUAUCCAAGACAUACAGCUUUGAGGCAUGAUCCUCUAAGGAUUUUAAAGAUAAAAAAAUAAACAAUAAAAAAGGCUAGUACGGUUCGUUUCCACAGUGAAUGAGUGCCGUUGGAUAACUUACGAAUUGUGUCAUAGUGGCAAGAGGUCUCUGCAGACUACAACGCGGGAUACGAUUGUUUUAAUAAGAGUUCAGAUUUAAGAGAAUUAAACGGUAAUGUAAGUGAUAACGAGAACACUAUUGACGACCAAUUAUUGGAAUAAAGUGUUAAAGCGUAAAAUGAAGUGUCCAGGCGCGUGGACGACGCUUGUCAUUGCUUGUGUGACGCUGGGCGUUGCCGGGCAGUACGAGUGGCAAGCUCGAGAUGAUUUUGACGAGAUCCGUCGUCGCAUGGAUCAGGUUACGAUUGAAAAUUGUCCGAUCCAACAUCUCGCAGAUUUAUACCUACCCGAAGACACUGUGUCGCAUUUACCGGACAUAAAGGAUGUAAAUAUAAAUCCUGUCUUCCCGAACAGAACCGCCCUGCUUCAUCUCCACAACAUGGCAUUAAGCAGAUCAUUUUAUUGGAGUUACAUACUACAGUCGCGGUUUAUUCGACCAGCUAUAAACGACACGUAUGAUCCUGGCAUGAUGUACUACUUUUUGUCAACUGUAGCUGAUGUCUCUGCCAAUCCGUACAUUAAUGCCUCUGCCAUAUACUUCUCGCCAAAUAUGUCUUAUUCGCCAUCGUACCGAGGGUUCUUCAAUAAAACUAUGCCCAGAUUCGCCCCUAGGACCUUCAGAGCUGAUGAUUUUAACGACCCAAUUCAUUUGGAACGAAUAUCAACGAGAAACACAUUCAGCGUACAAGAUCUUGGAGCAUUUCCAGCCAGCAGUUUGAGUUUAGAUUACACAACGGAUUAUUAUCGUAUAAAUGAAUGGUACAGAAAGUGGCUCCCGGACCAUGUUGAAAAAAGACAUGACACAAAAACUACUUAUCAAGUAGAGAUAAGAUACGCCAACAACACAAAUGAGACGCUCACAUUUCACGGUCCUCCUGGUGCUGAUGAAUUUCCUGGGCCUGUGAAAUGGACUCGUCCAUAUUUUGAUUGUGGUCGUUCGAAUCGCUGGCUAGUAGCUGCGGUUGUACCUAUUGCUGAUAUAUACCCCAGACAUACAGGCUUCAGGCACAUUGAAUAUCCUACGUACACUGCCAUUACCGUCAUUGAGAUGGAUUUUGAACGAAUAGAUAUAAAUCAAUGCCCAAAAGGUAAAGGGAAUAAUGGUCCGAACAAAUUUGCAGACACCGCGCGAUGCAAAAAAGAAACUACUGAGUGUGAACCGAUACAUGGAUGGGGUUUUAGGAGGGGUGGUUAUCAAUGCCGAUGUAAACCUGGCUUUAGAUUACCGACUGUAGUUAGAAGACCGUAUCUUGGUGAAAUUGUUGAAAGAGCUACAUCGGAACAAUAUUACAAUGGAUUCGAUUGCUCAAAAAUCGGAUGGGUACAGAAGAUGCCUGUACAAUGGGAAAAAGCAACUCCAUAUGUCAAAGAAAAGUACCUCGAGAGAUACUAUGAGUAUAGAAAUUUCACCACUGGUCCAGAAGCCCUUCAUUCCGAAAAAAUGAACAUUGAACAAGCUCUUAAAUUUAUACUUGGGGUCAAUGGAAAAAAUUGUAUGAAUUACACAAAACAGCAAUUGAAUUUACACGGUGACAUAAGUUAUAAAGCAGAGGAGUUCUUUGAAAACGAAGCUAAAAUGGCAGUUAGAUUGGCUAAUUUCAUCAGUGCCUUCUUGCAAAUAUCAGAUCCAAAGGAAGUAUACUCUGGCAAGAGAGUUGCUGAUCGACCCUUGACCGAAGAUCAAAUGAUUGGUGAAACCUUGGCUCUUGUCUUAGGAGAUACUAAAAUUUGGUCGGCUGGUACUUACUGGGAACGUAACAAGUUCACCAAUCGCACUUUUUUCGCACCCUACGCAUACAAAGAACAACUCAAUACGAGGAAGUUUAAAGUUGAAGAUCUGGCUAGACUUAAUGAUACUGCGGAAGUUUACACUGGCAAGCAUUGGUUCAAAUUUCUCAAGCAACGAUGGGCAACGAACUUUGCAGAGUUGGAACAAUAUCACAUGCGAAUCAACCUUCGAUUCAAUGAAACAGGAGAACAUACCAAGAAAUAUGAACACAACCCCACCUUCUACAGGGCGGCAAACCUGAACCAUGGCCAUUGGACCGCUCCUUACUUCGAUUGUAACGGCAAAGUGAAGAAAUGGGUAAUUACCUAUGCAUCCCCGUUUUUCGGCUGGAACAACUUGAAAGAAAAACUGGAAUUCAAGGGUGUCGUGGCUGUGACCAUGGACUUGCUUCAGCUGGACAUCAACCAGUGUGACGAUAGAUUUUAUGUCCCGAAUGCAUUCAAAGGGACGCACAAAUGUGACAAGAAAACUUCAUAUUGUGUUCCGCUGCUCGGCCGAGGCUUUGAGACUGGAGGGUAUAAAUGCGAAUGCAAGCAAGGAUUUGAAUAUCCAUUCGAAGAUCUGAUCACUUACUACGAUGGGCAACUCGUGGAGGCGGAAUUUAACAACAUAGUCAAUGAUCAGGAAACUAGGUACGAUAUGUUUAGAUGCCGCUUGGCAGGUGCAGCUUCGGUUCAGUCGAGUUGGCUAUUACUCCUGACUCUACUCGGUCUAUUUUACAGAGUGCAUCGCAGGUGGUAGGACUUUAUACAGGGUAUCUACCUCAGAAUUUAUAUCAUCUCGAUUAUUAUUAUUAUUAUCAUUAGUACUACUACUAUUAUCAUCAUCAUCGUCAUUGAUAUCGUUACCAUUAUAAUCAUUAUCAGACCAUUAUGCCUUUUAAAAUGAAACCGUCCGUAGUCAUUUAAUGACAUACUAAUAAUGUCUUGUCCGAUAAGGUGAGGCCGUUGUAUCAUAGACAGUUAUAAGGGAAUGGAUUGUGCAUGGAUUGUCUAUGAAUGACUCAUCUUUUGCAAAUUUUGAAUACCCAUAACUCGUGAUGAAAUAACGUGGAUAUUCCGUUGACUAAAAUAUGUAGAAUUUAUUCUUCAACAACAUUCCAUGUCUCAAGAUCCGAAUAUGUUAUAGUUAGGUCGACAAAGACUGACGAAUUCCGUCCAGAUUGAUAUACAUAAUCAAAGUAAUUAUACGUAUAAUCUCAUGAUGUAUCUAUAUUUAAAAUAUUUUAAUAUGCUCUGUUGAGAAGGAAUCAUAUUUCUAAAUUUUAUCGAAAUGCCCUGUUCAAUUGAAGGGUAUUAUUUGAAGUGCUUUUUAUACAAUAGGUGUUUCUUAUACAGCCAUUUUUAUAGAGAUAGACCAUGUCAUCAACGUUUUUUUGUAAUUUCCGGCUGUUACAAAGAGUCGAACGUCCGUCCAACGGCGAUAUUUAAAUACCGUCCACGAUACAAAAAAGUUAUCAUAUAAGACGAUAUAGUAUAUUUUAUACAGAAAGCAAAUAUAGUAAAUACAGCCAAACCGAAACUGUCA